AUGGCUGACGUCCCGCUCUAUGUCGUAUCCGACUACUCGUCUUCGGAAAGACGGAUCACCCCCUCAUGGUCUAUCGCUCAGCUCAAGACCAAGUUGGAGCCCAUCACCGGCAUUCCUCCUUCCUGCCAGCACAUCUUCCUCAAGACCUCGUCCAACGAUGGGAUUCCGAUCGAGGCUUCGGACGAGGAGGCGGUCUAUCUGCAAAGCUUUCCGCUAGCGCCAUAUGCUGAAUUGCAAGUUGUUGAUACGCGGCCAGCGUCUGCCAGGCCCAAUUUCACAAGCGCCGUAGGCGUCGAGAAAUUCGAGCUACCUGAAGAGGAGUACGAGAAGAAGACGGACUCGGUCCUCGCAUGGAAGAAGGCUCAGAAGCUCGGGCGAUUCGACCCGAACGCCCCGACCCAUGAGCAGGCCAAGAUCGACGCCAUCGCCAAAGAGAUUGGGGCCCGAGGAAUCGCGGUGGGGAAGCGGUGCAGAGUUGGUGGUGACGAUACGAGACGCGGGGAGGUCAAGUACGUGGGGGAUGUCAAGGAGAUUCCGGGUAUUGGUGCCUGGGUGGGCGUCCAACUGGACGAGCCGGUUGGCAAGAAUGACGGCAGCGUGGGAGGUACGCGCUACUGGGGCGAAGAGUCGGAGCUUAAGCGUGGCGUGUUUGUGAGAGCAGAGCGGGUGGAGGUCGGGGACUUUCCUGUUCUGGAUGACCUAGAGGACAUGGAGGAGAUCUGA